CACACUUGCAAUAAUUGUGAGGGCUAUUCUCAUCUGCAGGCAGAACCGCAAAUAUUGCUGUUGAAUGAUGUUUUUCUAUAAAGAUUUCUGAGAAAUACUAACGACCAUAAUUUCUUGAGAAUGCAUUCCAUUAUUGUUAGUGGUAUGCACAUUACAACGAGUCUUUAUAGAAUUCCUUAAAGAUUUGUGGGAAAUACUAACGAUCAUCAUUUAACGAAGAUGCUUUCAUUUUUGUUACAGGUCAGCACAUUUCAGCAAGUCUAUAGAUUUGUCUAAUAUAUAUAGAGUAGGUAGGUAGAAGUAAAAAACAGAGGCUUAUUAAUUAUUACUCGCGUAUAUAAGGCACAUACAAUAUAUGUGCUGCAUCAGACAGGCGCAGAAGAGUGGUGUAGUAAGCAGUUUUUUGUAAAAGAAGAUUAUAAUAUUAAAAAAAUAACUGGAUAAAAAUGGGAAAAAGGGAAUUUAAUGUAGAAAGAUAUGUGAAGUAUGAAGAAAGCACUAAGAAAAGCAAAUGCAUCAUACAAACUUGCAAACGUGAAUUAAGUGGAAAGUCAGCAGCAAAUAUUAGACGGCAUUACAAACUUGUACACAAAACUGACAUAAUGGAUAAUAGUGAUGGAAGUGGUAGUGAAAUUAUUAGUAAAAUACAACGAAAAACUGUUACCAAAUUAAACUGUUCAUUAAAUAAAGCUGGAUUUUUAAGAUGCUGCAUGGGAUUGAUAACUAAAAAAAAUAUUCCUUUCAGAAUAUUUGAUGACGAGGAGUAUUUUAAAAAGCUUAUAGAGCCAUAUGAGCAAAUAUUUCAAACCAAUUUAAAUUCGAAGAAUAUAGUAACUAUUCUGGAUAAAGCAAGUAAACAAAUCAAAGAAAAAAUUGCUCAAUUGGUAAAAAAUAGAAUGGUUUCAUUAAAAAUCGAUAUUGCAACUCGAAUGGAACGAAGUGUACUAGGCGUUAAUUUACAAUACAUUAGGGAUUACAAAAUACAUAUAAAUACCAUAGGCAUGAUUGAAACUACGAAACGACACACCGCUGAAAAUCUGAAAGAGGAAAUAUUAAAAUGCCUUACUGAAUACGGUAUCAGCAUAAACCAAAUUUACUCUAGCACCACUGAUAACGGUGCAAAUGUUGUCAGAAUGUCCAAAUUGUUACAAGAAAUGCAACAGGACAACUUUUCUAAUGACGAGGACAUUGAAACGGAUUAUGCUGAAUCAAACAGUAUCCAGUCGCAAAUUGCUUCUGUUUUCUCUGUUGUUCGUUGUGCCGCACAUACAAUAAAGUUAGCAGCCUAUGAUGUUUUGAAAACAAUAGAAGGGGACAUUAAAGAAUGCCGAAACAUUGUAAAGAAAUUACGGACAUCGGUAAGAUCGGGUAAUGUCGAAAUUAGUUUGCCAUGCCUUGACAAUGCAACUAGAUGGAACUCGACCUAUGAUAUGAUAAACUCCAUAAUCAGUAUAAGAGAUUACAUAGAUAAUCUGUCACAUAUUAACGUCAACUGUAUAUUUGUACACAAUUUCCUAGCUGCUUUUCAUCCAAUAGCUAAAUGCACUCUAAAACUGCAACACGAGCAAUAUAUUAUUGGAGACUUUUUUAGAGAUUGGCUAACAUGUGAAUUGGAGCUUAAAAAGUUAGUGUCUACCAAUUCAUAUGCGGAAGCUCUUCUAAAUGCAAUGAAGAAAAGGAAAGAUACACUUAUGGGAAAUAAUGCAUUCAUUGCUGCACUUUAUAUGGAUCCGCGCUUUAAUUUCGACAACACCCCUCUUCUAAGCUAUGAUCAAAAGCAAGCUGCUGUGGAUAAUUUAAUUAGGACACGUGAUAUGAUAAAUAAAAUUGGCAAGCCAUCAGAAGACCAGUACGGCAACAGUUCUCCAGAUCUUGCAACCCAGUCGCUUCCCCAAGAUUAACUUCCCUCCACAUCGAAAGGCAUAUAUGACAUACUGACACUUCACGUAAACGCAAUGAGAAAUGCACAAGGUCCAACACCACAAAGAGGAGAAAUGGCCUUUAAGGAAAGACUAGCUAAACUUUGCGAUAGGGAAAUGGAGCCAUUUGAUAGCAAUAUUUUGGACAAUUUUCGAAAAUUAUAUCGGAAUGAUGCCGAUAUGUUACAAUUAAUGGAAGUUGUACUAGCCA